GAAUACAUCUUCGUUGGUAUGAGGCCUUUUGGGGAAGCCCAAAUUGUGGAGAUAUGUGAUUCCUAACAUGGUAUCACAGCCUAGGCUAUUAGAAACCACGGAUCACCACAAUGGUAUGAUAUUGUCCACUUUGAGCAUAAGUUCUCAUGGCUUUGCUUUUGGUUUCCCCAAAAGACCUCGUACCAAUGAAAAUUUAUUCCUUACUUAUAAACCCAUGACCAUCCUCUUAAUUAGUCAAUGUGGGAUUCCCUCCCAGCAAUCCUCAACAUAGGCAACGUUUAUUUCUACUCUUUUUUUGAUCUCACAUGUUCCGACGUACAACUUCAAUAUUUUGAUGAGAAGACCAUUGUACAUGGAUGUACGACAAGAGAGAAUUUGGAGUUAUAGACAAGAUUCUUUGGCGCGGUCAGGAGACGAUUAUGGCUGAUGUCGCUGCCCCAGAGGAAUGAGACAAAGGAGCUGGCAUCAAAGUUGUAGAUGAACUCUAGAUUCCCUCUCAAAUCUACUCUCCAUUCAUAGCAAUGUUUCACUGGAAUUGGAUUUGGGAGAGAGAAUCAAGGUCCGUGCCUCUAUCUCUCUAGAUCAUAGACUGUUUCAUUAGUUGCAAGGGAAUGCUUUCAAGUUGCACAUACUCCCAUGUUGGAUUGCAGAGUCAACUGCAAGUUAUCAGAGAUCAUCAAGAGAAUCAUUAUCUUGCUGGAAGAUUGUCUCCCCCUGACAGCUGACUCGCCACAUAUUUGGGAAACAUCAUCUCUGUGUUGUUCUUCCUUUCUCCCGUGAAAACAUUUUGGAUAGUGUUGAAGAAAAGAUCAACAGAAGAAUUUGACAGUCUUCCGUAUGUUUCGACUUUCCUCACAGCUGCUUUGUGGGCUUACUAUGGCCUAAUCAAACCUGAUGGCUUUCUCAUUGUCUCUGUCAAUAUCUUUGGAAUUUCCCUUCAACUUUGCUACCUCACCAUUUUCCUUCUAUUUUCACCUCCAAACAUGAGGGUUAGAACUGCAACUCUAGUAGCAAUUUUCGACGUUGGAUUUGUGGGAGCAACAAUCUUGAUAUCGUAUUUGAUGUUACAUGGGACUUCUCGAAUCAAGGUCAUUGGAUUCAUUUGUGCUGCUCUCAACAUUAUGAACUGUGGUUCGCCACUUGGAAUAGCGAGGAAAGUGGUGAGAACUAGAAGUGUGGAGUAUAUGCCAUUUCUUCUCACUUUGUGCAUAUUUUUGAACUCUGGGGUUUGGACUUUCUAUGCUGUGCUUGUCAAAGAUCCCUACAUUGGAGUACCCAAUUUGAUUGGAUUCCUUCUCGGAGUCAUGCAAUUAGUAAUCUACGUCGUUUACAUGAACGAGUCUAAACUAUCCAAAGAAGAUCAUUCAUCGAUACACGAUCAACUUCUUCCACCACAUUUUGAUACAACACCUGAUCUCCUAUCGAGUCAUUCACAGUCCAACUCGAGCAAGAUAGUUCUAAAAAUCACAACAUGAUUCACGCCAAUGUAACUCUUCUCCACAUAUUAAACGACGAAUUCUUAAAUUUUAAUGGGUCAAUGUAUACGUUUAUCAAGGCAUGAAUCCAAAUUCCUCGAUUUUAAUUUUUUUUUCUAAUAACAA